AUGCACGACCUGUCAGUAUCUUCUUGGUAUCUUCUGGCCUUUCUGGAGCCCGGUUCAACGGAGCCACGCUGGCACGGUUACGCGUACGCCUGUCUAAUGUUUGUAACUGCCUUUAUCCAAUCCAUCGUUCUUCACCAGUACUUCCGUAUCCAGACCCUCAUCGGCAUGGACAUUCGCACAGUCCUCAUUUCUGCCGUCUACCGAAAAAGUCUUCGCCUGAGCUCCGCAGCGCGUUGUAAUUCGACCACGGGGGAGAUCACGAACCUCAUGUCAAUUGACGCCCAGCGCUUCUGCGCUCUCAUGUUGAACAUCCACGCUCUCUGGUCCGCACCCCUACAGGUAGCAGUUGCCAUCUACCUACUCUGGGGGGAGCUGGGACCGUCUGUUCUAGCCGGCAUCGGAAUUCUCCUCGCUAUGAUUCCUAUCAACGCAUUUGUCGCAAGGAAGAGCAAGAUUCUACAGGUGAGAGGCACCGUGUUGACAGCAGUCAACCAUGCAAAUUUUACCAAACGUAGUUUGUCUUACCUCAGACAACUUGGUACGGGCAAAUCCUUUUCUUUCAACAUUUUUAGGGAAUUCGCCCAUUUUAAAAACAGGCGUCAAGCAAACUUUGUAUUAAUACAAACAGGACCCUUAAACCUGAGUUAUUUCUAG